GUGACGUUACGUACCCAAACUCCAUUCGCGGAUUCAAUCCUUUAUAUAUCUAACUCAUGCUCAUGUUCUCAACGUAGACCAGAUUUUUUCUCUUUCCUUGGUGUUCUGUUCUUCUCCACUGUCAUGUCUUUCACACCCCGCGAAAUUGGUACACUCAUUGUCGUUAUUGUCAAAGCCAAUCAUCUCACCAACAAGAGGCACAUAGGAAAGCAAGAUCCUUAUUGCUCUGUCGAGUUUGAAGGAAGAAAAGGACGCACAAAGACAAUUAAACGCGGCGGCCAGCAUCCAGAGUGGGACGAAGAGCUUCGGUUUGCCGUGUUUGAGGAUGUUGAAGACGAAUUAGCUCGCACAGCUAACCGCACUCCUUCACCUCCCGCAAAGAAUGGGUCCCCACUAAGACAGUCGACAACAAAGUCCAAGACGAAAAAAGUGAUGAAACUCGCGGUUUACGCGGAUGAUGCCAGAGAGCCUGAGCUUGUAGGAGAGGCAAUGGUGGACCUGACAACGGUACUGACCAAGGGAGAACAGGACGAAUGUUAUACCCUGAUGUAUAAGGAACGAUUUGCCGGUCAAGUCUACUUAGAGUUGACGUUUUAUUCCAAUGAAGCUCCUCCUGUGAAGAAGACGAAACCCAAGCCCAAGGACAAGAACUACGCCGGCCCGGGAGAGUUCGUAGGCGAAUCAUCGGCACCUAAUGGUCAAGGCGGGGCCCCUGGCAGAAUUGUCUCCAUGAGCGUGUUGCCCAAUCAUCAUCGACGACAGUCAGAGUCGAUAUCUUCAAUGCCUUCUUUGAGACCGUCGAGCUCAUCGGCGCAACUCGAUCUUUAUAACCCUCCUUAUGAAAGACAGCGAAGACUGACAUCCAUGAGCAGUGUAGUGAAUGAUUUUGGGCACCUCAACGUGUCUGAUUCUAGGAGACGUGAGAGCUUUCCACCUGUAGUUUCCGCGCCUGAUCUGUACGGAUCUCGUGGUUCUCUCCCCGCACAUUCCUCGUCUCUCCCUCCCGAAUUAGGGUAUGGAUACGACCCAAGUAUGUCAGAUUCCGCGUCAACUUACGGCUCAAUACCUCCCAAUACUCUUCCACCGCCUGGUUUGCCGUACCCAGCGCAUGCCCCAUAUCAACAACCUUAUGAAAUCGCUCCCACACCAAGCUUUGCCAAAUCGACGAUGCGACCACGUUAUAGUGUUCCUACUUCAUCCUCGGGGUUCAUGCCACUGUCAUCUCAUUCUCGUGUCCUUCCAUCUCAUCCUUCCGAGCCUUCAAGUUUCGCGCCUCCCUUGGCUCAUACACCAGGUCCGACUCUUUAUAACGGAAACCAUUUUCCUCCUCAGCCAAGUUUUACGCCUAUGCCAUCUCAGACUCCGGCUUUGAUGCCUUUGCCUACUUCAUCUUCCAGCAUCUUAGAUGGCCCAUUACCAUAUCCGGGCACAACACAGUACUCAUAUCCAUAUGUGCCAGCACCGCCAGCACCCCUUGCGCAGCCAUAUAUGCCUCAUUUGUUGCCCCAAACGUCGCAUCCUCCUUUGCGGCAGUCAUAUACUGGUUAUCCUACUCCGUCUCAGGAACCAAUUCCCGCGAGUUCUUCGCUGUCCACAAGCCAAGGACCUGGAUCAAGACCUCUGCCACAGCCGCAGCAGCCUCCUCAAGUGCUUCCGCCCCCCCCUCCAGUAAAUCAACCACAGUAUGGUACGUAUAAUCCGUCACAAGCGAACAGUGUGAUGUUUCCGCCUACCAACGGUUAUCAGCCGGCACCACCUCCGCCACCUCCGCUUCUCCAAAAUGAUUCGCCUCCUCGUUCUCCUCACCCUUAUAUGGAAGCACCUCAACCUGUUCCUCCGCCACCUCCGCCUCCUGUAUCUCAGUAUGAGCUUCACGCUCCUCGACGUCGCGCUAGCCUACCUACGCCACCUGGACAGGGUCAUCAACGUGGAGCUCUCCCUAUCCCUCCCCCUCCCCCUCCGCCUGGAGAUUAUCACCAGAAUGCUCACCCCCUUCCCAUUCCCCCGCCGCCACCAUCAAAUUUGGGGCCUCCGGCUCAACCAUACGUACCGGGACCUCCUCCUAGACCUCCUCAGCUGGAUGACGAGGGCCAUUGGGUGCCUCCAGGUAUGUCUGUACAACAAUCAUACCCGCCGCAAGGAUGGGUGUGAUACUGCAUGGCCCAUCAUGGUUUUUGUUUUGUAAUUGACUUGCCAUCAUAUUCCAUCGGACUUAGCGCUGCACGCAUCAAUCAUCAAGUAAUAUGCAUAUU